GCUCGUGCGGCUACGCGCGGCUCCGAGUGCUUCCUGUUGUAGCAAACCUCCAGGAAGCUGAAGCGUGUGGACACUCGCGUUUGUACCGAUGGAUGCAGCUCAGUGACCUCCAGCAGCUCAGGACUCAUGCUCUCUCAUCUUUGUGCUGCCUCACUUGUCCUGUUCUUACUGUGGACCGCCAUGGCCCAGGUCGCCGGCCAGGAGGACAGAGAGAAAACUACUGCACUCAAAGAUUUGCUGUCGAGAAUAGACUUGGAUGAACUGAUGAAGAAAGAUGAACCUCCGUUCACUUUCCCCAAAACACUGGAGGAGUUUGAAUACACCUUCAGUGAGCAUGGUCAGCUCAGACAUAUAAAAACAGGAGAACCCUUUGUGUUCAAUGCCAGAGAGGAUCUUCACCGCUGGAACCAGAAACGCUACGAAGCUCUUGGAGAGAUAAUCACUCAGUAUGUUUAUGAGCUGUUGGAGAAAAAGUGCAACAUGACUAAAGCAUUCCUGCCAGUGGAUGCCACGGACGAUGAACCCACCAGUUUUAUCUACCUGAGCCCAGAUGCCCUGUCCAACCCGUCCAAGCUGCUGGUGUUGAUUCAGGGCAGCGGCGUAGUGCGGGCCGGUCAGUGGGCCCGUAGACUAAUCAUCAACCAGGACCUGGACUCAGGGACACAGAUUCCCUUCAUCACCAGAGCCAUGGAGGACGGCUAUGGUGUGAUGGUGCUCAACCCCAACGAGAACUACCUGGAGUUGGAGAAACCAGCCAGAUCAACUCCCCUGCCCUCUGCCACCGAACACUCAGACGAACCCGUCGAAAAGAAGGAACGUAAAGACGAUAAAGAGGGCAAAAAGAAGAGAGAAUUUUACGAGAAGUACCGCAACCCGCAGAAGGAAACAGAGACCGAAUGGAUCCCCGUACGAGAAAAUGGCUCCUCCGAGGAACACGUGCUAUACGUGUGGGACAACUUUGUGUCCAAAGCUGCAGCCAAGAAUGUCUUCAUCAUGGCCCACAGCUACGGAGGGCUGUCUUUCGUUGAGCUGAUGAAUCAGAGGGAAAUGCAGGUGAAGAACAGAGUGUGUGCCGUGGCGCUGACCGACUCCGCUCACAACAUCUGGCUUCAGGAAACCAGCAAAGGCACGCAGGAUUGGAUGCAGCAGCACUGUUGUAACUGGGUAUCGAGUUCAGAGCCUCUGGACACGCCGCUGGAUCCCAUGCUGCCAGACUGCCCCCGAGUCUCUGCAGCCACACUGCCUGCUGCCCACCUUUACCGCCAACCCCACCCCUCAUUGCCUCGCACCCCGGCUGGACAAGAGUAUCAGCCCAAACCUGCCUUGGGGUCACAGGGACUGCCAAAGCCUGGCCCACCCUGGGGCUCUUUAUUUAGCCAGCAGCAGGACAGGGUGUGCCAGCAUUCGCAGGUCGAGGGCAGGACAGGACCCACAAGCCCACUACCCUCGCUCGUCCCUUGCCCGUACCAUACCUAUCUGAGCUGA